UGACAUCAAUCGUCGAUAUCAUAAAACGCGCCAACGGGAAUUCACUUUUUAACCUCAAAUGAUGAAUUUAUCCAUAUUCAGUUCGCCUUCAGUUUGUUGUUUGAUAUCUAAGGGUUGCCUACAUUCAUAGAUUGCCACAUCUUGACUUUCCAUUUCCAAAAAAAUCGUUUACCAAGAGCCUUUGCAGCUCAAAAGUACACAACCAAGAUGGCGGAUGAACAAAAUCAACAACAAUCGUUCCAUGUUGAAAGCAUGCCGAAUGGGAAUGAUGGGGUGCAUCAGGUUGUUUUAAACUCCGAGGGCCUCGUGCAUGCCACUGAAAUGGUGGAUGGUACUCAAGUGAGCAUAGUGGAGGCGGGAGUGAGUGAAGACAUACUGCAGCAAGCUUUAGAAGAGGCUGCGGCUGGCGGUUUUGACAUUGAAAAUGCAACAGUCGAAUAUCGUACUGAAAAUGGUGAAGAACAUCAAUAUGUGACCGUGCCUGAUGGCUUGACUCUGAGUGAUCUCGGUGAUGGUAACACCUACACAAUAAUAAAUAGUGAAAAUGGGGAGCAGAUUCUCACUCCAUAUACAAUAGGUGACCAGGGACAGGGUGAUGAAAACCAGGUGACGCAGCUUGUGAACAUUUCUGACGACACCGCAACUUCUUUUGGAGGAUCACAGCAUAUUCAUGAAGUUGUUGAGCUGCCACAACAGGGGUCGUUACCGGUGCAGCUUGAGAUUCCGGAAGACACCAUUAUGGAUCCAAUGGACACCGAACAAACGCCAACUUCUGUUUCCCUUCUUAAUGUUGACUCUGGAGCUCCGCUGGGGUCGUCAGAUAAUCCAAUUAGGAUAGUUCAACAGGGCAACCAGUACACAUCGGUGCAACAACUUACACCAGAACAGUUGACGCAUAUCAUGCAGGUUCUUCAGCAGCAGCAAGUUGCUAAGGCAACCGAAGAAGCUGGUUCCAGUACACUAUUUAAUCCACAGACAAAUACUAAAAUCGUGUAUCGUGUCAUAUAUCCAUCUGAUCUUCACAAAUCUCCAGGAGUAACCCGCACAGCAGUUGCCUCUAGAACUAAAAAUAUUUUGGGUAACAAAACGACGAUGAUGAGUUUUGGACGUGGGCGGGGUCGCGGAAGGCCAAGGAAACAUCCCCUACCAGAAGAAGAUGAAAGAUUAGAAUUGCCAGCACUUUCACGGGAGGAGAAAGCCGCAAGAAAGAAGCAACGUCCCCGGACAAGAUCUGGUCGUGUCUCUAAGCCUCCCAAGCACAUGAUGAAAGAUUACAAGCAUAUUCAUCUGUUGGAUUGGGAAGAGGACUAUCGGGAAGACGAUGAUAACGGAGGGUAUUCCGACUAUAAAGCUAGUGAGGGUGAGGAAGAUGACGCUGAAAGCCGAGAUGAUGCCGACAGUUUGGAUGCGGAGAGUUUGUUAGAGGCAACAAGACCAAAAACGAACCAGUGUCAAGCAUGCGGAAAGGGUUACAUUGGAAGGGGCGGUCUUGCGAGGCACUACAAGUUCUUUCCUGACCAUGGUACUUUAGAUGAUCUCCCCACAAGCAAGAACAGCUCCACAUCAUUCACCAAUGGUAUGGUGUCAAGUCCAGCAAGCAGCACAAGUAGUUCAGUGCCUGCCGUUCAAGUGGACAGGAAUCAGGCCACCACAGUUGCAUCUGCAUCAGGAGAUACCCCGCCAGUACCAUCAGUUCCAUCAGUACCAGCUCCAGUCUCUGCCCCGACGCUUGGCAAACGAGGUCCGGGACGACCACCAAAAUCUUCCUCAGCAUCUGCUGCAAAGCUGCAGCAUCUUCAGCGAGCAAGACAGAUGAUCUUGGAAAGCAAACCAAAGCGGAAAGUUAGUCUUAAAGAAUUCAUCAAGCAAUGCGAAGAUGAAGAGCUAAUGGAGGUUGUGCUGCCUCGGCUCACGAAAGCUAUCACUCUCUGGGAAUUCCUCAUGAUGAAGACAGAGAAGGGACGUCCCCUUAGGCCAUGCAUCUCUGAUAUCGUAACCGAGUUUGAGGAACUCCAGAAGCAAGUAAAGAAGGUCUGCCAGGAGUACCUGAAGCCAUCAUCUACUCCACUAUCUGAACAACCAAGUUCUGGGGACGAGAGCCAGAACAAAUUUCAACUCACUAAUGAAGUCAUUGCGUCAUCUCUCGGUCUGUCUGUCGGCACUUACGACGUGAUGGAAAUACCCACAGAUGGUGACACGCCAUUCCAGUACAAGUUCCUGACCAGUAACUCAUGUAUGUCAGGUAUUACGGACACUAAAAUGGCCCAUAAACGGACUAUUGAGGUGGUUAACCCCUCAGAUCUGGUUGGAGACAGACCAGGUAAAAGAGUUCGGAUACAGACUGAUGAUGAUGAUGAUGUACCUGUUAUACUCGGCAGUGCCCCGUCAAGUAUGACAAACAAUAAGGUGGCAACCCCUCUGACUCCACCCAGAGUCACCACAACAGUGCAGUCGAAAAAUAAAGUACCUAUUCCACGUAUUCAUGUGGUGAGGGCAAAUUCAAAUAAUUCCGAGUUGGACGUAAAAAAGAGCCCAAAAAAGCCACCUGUUUCUGCUAGUGCUAGCCUGAGUAGUCCAGCUAAACCGGUAGCUAUUCAAAUAGCUGAUGAAGGCAAGGUAUUGGUAGCAGAGGAGAACGGUGUGGCGGUCACCGCUACUAAAGCAAAUACUGAGGAUAAUGUUGCGAUGAAUUCGAUCGCAGAAAAGACCAGUGUAGUCAGUAAUCCGAUGAAAUUAGAAACUCAAAGUACUGUGUGUGAAGGAAAAGCUCACGAGCCGGAGACUGAGACAAUUACGGAUGCAAAUGGGUCUGUCACUCCUGCAGCGGUGGAAGAAAAUGAAGGAGUACAAUAUGUUGAAGCAGCGGAGGCUGACGGUCAAAUUCUUGUUCAGAUGGAUAACGAGCAAGAUGCAGUGGAAUCGAACCAAGUGCAGAUAUUCCAGACUCCAGAGGGGGUGAUUCUGGUUCAGAAACCAGAUGGUACCGUACUGCAGAUACAGCACCCAGCUGGUGAACCUAUUCCUCUUGAAACUGUGCAAGCACUCCUUGCGAUGGAUGGCCAAGGUCAGCUUGAACAGAUGGAGCAGGCCGAGAUUGUUGAACAGUAGUGUAUUGUAUCAUACUCGAACAUGUAACUAUUGUCAAGUGACCAUGUGGGCUGCCUCCUUUGUGUUCCUAUUGCAUUUCUGCUUCAUCAACUGCCAUUUAUUGUGUUACAGACUAGCACUUGUCAUAUGCAAGCUGUUUGAUUGGUGUGGCAUCUCAACAGAAAUCUCAGACUUAGCCGCACAAAAUGAAAUUAAAUGCUUAGAGUGAUGCUCUGUUCAUUGCCUGUUCUAAAGAAAAUGUUUGAAUUUCGCCGAUCGAGUUCAUUGUGUUUUCUUGCAGCUCAUCUAAAUUGAAAUACACAUUGCUGUAGUGUCGUUAUUAUGCAUGUAAAUUUGCUGAAACUUGGCAUUUGUAAUAUAUGUAUAUUGGUCUUCACAACGGCAUUGUGGAAUUUUUAUCUCCAUCUCAAUACCAAGUAUUCAAUUUUGUAAGAAGUGUUUUGUAUUGGAGUAGAACAUGAGAGGAUGAUUUGAAUGGGAUGCUUGUCUUGUCUGCCUGUCUCUCAAAUGUUUGUUGAGAUCUACUCAUGACUUAAGCAGAUGAUUAGUGACAGCACACACAGACACAUGCAAGUCUGAGUUUAGGUCAUGUUCCAUUUGUAUUUGAGAGACAAGUGUGCACAGAUGACGCUACUUUCCUUCUCUUCGUUUCUUUGGUACAGAUUUUGUGUACAACUUUUGUCCAAAACUUUCCAAACAUGGCCUAAUCAUAGGGCAUCGACCAACAGCGAAGGGGAGAAAUCAAGAUGACCCUGUGUGCUGAACUAACUGAUGGAUUAACUGAGGAGGUCUUGAUUUCUACAUUUCCCCUUUGCCAAUAUGUACAUUAUCCCCCUCUGUUACUUGUAAUCUGUAGUCUUGUUAUCUGUAGGGAAAUAGUGGGUCGGUCUCUACCUAGUUUUCAUUUCCUGUUCCAAGAUCCCAAGUUAUUGCCUUUAUUAUAUCUGGAUGUACAUGUUCUUGAAUGUGCUAUAG